UAAAAGCUCUGCUGGCCAUCGACAAGCCAUAGCUAGCUCCCAAGCUCAGGCUCCAUGGCGCGCCUUCUACGAGCGGCCGCGUUAGCCGCAGUCGCCGCGCUGGCCGUCCUGGCAAGCCCGGCGACGGCGCAGGACGCGCCGUCGGCCUUGCCGGCGCCGCUGGCGUACAUGAACCACACGGUUGGGGGCGCCGACGGGUGGUUCUUCAACGCGACGAGCAACACCACGUCGGGCAACUACUCCUCCUGGGCCGCCGACGAGACAUUCUACCUCGGCGACUACCUCAUAUUCAAGACGAACGAUAACUCGUCGGUGGUGGUCACCUCGAACUCCACCACUUACUCCCUCUGCGAUCCCAGCGAGGACGACGGGCUGGAGACCUACAUCUACAGCGGCGGCGUAGGCGGCCUCGAGGAGACCGACGCCAUCUCUGUCCCUCUCCUCUACGAGGGCACCAACUACUUCUUCUCGGAAGCCGACGGCGGCGUGCAGUGUCAGCAGGGCAUGCGCUUCCAGAUCAAGGUAGCCCACGGCCACGGCUUGCCGCCCGCUCUCGCCCACCCGCCGUCGCCGUCGCCAAAGGAAGGCGUCCUCGCACCACCACCAAAGGAAGGCGCCCUCGCACCGCCACCCGCUGGGUCAGCCUUCUCGGUCUCGCAGGGGCCGGUCGCCGCCAAUGCCAGCGCCGGCGCCGGCACCGCCAGUGACUACACGGAUGGCAACAACGCUGACUGUAGAGCGGUGGGCAGUCGUUUCUUGGGAGUUGCUGUUGUGGUUACCUUAGCAUUUUUGGUUGCUCCCUGAGCGAAUAGGGUCACGCUGUCAGUGAAGCAGGAGUUGGAACUAAACGGUAUUCGAAUUUAUAUAUAGUUAUGGUAUGUUGCUGCUGGACCACUCCUUUUUUUCCUACAGAAAAAUAGUUAUUUUUUCUCAUCGUAACAUGUUUUUUUAGGUGUGCUUUUGUACACCAAUGAAAAGUUUACGGCGCCUUCCUCGAUCUUUUGACUA